AUGCCGCACCUUGAAGAACGAGACCUUAAGCUUCUCGACGAAGCGAUAUCUAUUUUGAACCCGCCAGAGGCCCACGUGCGCGUGGUCGAAGUGGACACCUUCACGGAAAGUGAGCGCUCCAUCGUAAAAGGGAGCGCCCGUAUUGGCCACGGCGACUUCUCCCUGAGGCAGAUGACGGCAAUUUUCAAGCGAGCUUCGCCGUCCGGGUUGGGCAUAGCGGAACUGACAGCCACAAAUGACGAUGAGAGUAAGGCCGAAGAAAGCGACGUUGCCACCGAAGACAUGACGCCAGAGGCUGCGGCGGCGGCGCUCAGGGUAUCCGAAAGAGAGAAGCAAGAGGAAGCGAUGAAGAAACCACCAAAACUCCCCGAGAUAAUCCUCUUCUGGGGUAGGAACAUGCGCCGGGGAGGGAAUCUGGUCGUGUGCCCUGGCGAAUCGUCCAUGGACCGGCUCAUACAGGCCUAUUUGGUGUGCGAAGUUGUCCAAGACAGCAAGCUCUUCGACAAGAGCGUGACGUCAUUCAGGGAGCGUGUGACGACCGAACGGAAGGGGGGGUUGAUGGGGGUCGAACUAGGCGAAACGUCGACCGCGGAACAGGAUGCGCUCGAGAACUUAAUCAGCGACUACAGUUUCCACGAUGCGUCGAUCGGAAUCAUUUCGCUCGUCGCGAGCAUCUACUACUUCUUCGUGUUAGCCAGGAACCAUGUGAACGUGCUGACGUUGCUGGCGGUGGCGGUUGUGGCCGGCUUGAACCAAGAGGCCACCUGGCCAUGGGUGUUCAAGCACAUUCUCCUGUGCGCUCGCAUGAAGGACCCGAUAGUCAGAGUGUCCCAGUGCCGGCUAGUCCGCCACCACCAGGGACAAUUGUCUGGGCAGGGAUUUCUCGCUAUCGGGCUAGCGGCAUUCGGUGUCUACCUCGAGGUGUUUCCGACGACAGAUGGCGACACGCCGCUGUUAUUCCGCAUCCUUCUGAAUGGGUUUCAAGCCGCGAUGGUCGCCGUUCUCGUGGUGAACAUGGUGCAAGCGGUGGAACCCAUGGAUCUAUCUCGAGUCAGCCCGAAGGACCGCCUGAGGCCAUGGGCCAGGAAGUACUUGGACGACAAUGUCUUCGACACCAAGUGGUACCUCACGCUGCUCGUCGGGGUCUUGUGGUCAGGCGCUGUUGCGGUCACGAUCUAUGUCGGUGUAUCAUACGAGAUUGAGGGCCUCGGCUAUACCAUUCCCGUCAUCUGCUUGAUCGUGCUGGGGCUAUCUAUUGCUGCGGUGAAUCCGGGAAUGGCUCUCCUGGGCGCUUGGGGUUUCAUAUGGCUGGUACCGGUGGGGUUGGCAUUCGUGUGCCGGUCGGCAUUCGACACCACUCUGAUGCUCAUCAACAAGGUGUCGCUCACGUGGAGGCGCAUGGCAAACGAGGUUGUCUCGCAUGCGAGGGACAGUGCGCAGGGAGAGUUCAGCGUGCGGGAUAUCCUGAAGUUUCUGCUACAGGUGCUGCCGCUCACGCCUCUGUUCCUGGUGUCCUUGCCCAUCCCUGUGCUCUACUUUUUCGUGUGGUUCAUCCACCUCUCCAUGCGAGUGCUCCUGCGUGUGGCCGAUGCUCUGAGUGCGCCAGCGUUAGAUUUCCGCUUGCACCCGAUUUUGAGCGACUACGGUUCGGUGACAUGGAAAAUGGACCGCUUGUCCAUGGACGUGGAGAAUAGAUCCAUGAGAACACUUCUCAUGGCAAGGAUCGACAAGCUCAUGGAAUCCACAUCGGCCACCCUUGGAGAGCGCUCCAGGAGCGGGGUAAUACCUAACAGGCCAUACUGGCACCUGAGUAAAACGUCCGCAAACAGACUCGGGUGCAUCGCCGUCAAGAUUGGUACAGGCGAGGAAGAGAGUCCCAAAACUCUCCUCGUCAGCCCCGACUAUAUCCCCGACAAACCGUCAGCACACGCAGACGCACCUGCUAGCGUCUGUUGAGGUUGUGAUCCCUUCAACGGUAUUCCCCCCCCCCCCCCAUAUAUACGGGGGGUUGCGUUGGGCUCUUGCCAACUCCCGGGGAACGUGGUUGCAACCGGACGUGGGGGCCGUGAUUGCUAGCCCGGCACCAAGUGGUUUGCCAGAUUGUAUUUUUUUACUUUGGGGGGGGGGGGCGAUCUUCUUGUGUUGUCACGGCUGCAGGCUGCGAUGUGUGCCUUUUGAUAGUCGUGGCGUGUGUUGCAGCGCGGCGGCCUCACUGUAGUGACUUACCUAUCGCGUUUUUUUGUAAGAGGGGGGUAGAUUGUUGUUUGCGCACGGGUUUUUAUAUAGAGGAAGAAUGAAAGGCUCUAUGAGGUUUCUGUUCCGGGAGAUAGAGCUGAUGAUGUCCGCGGUAGUGGUGGCAUAGGGAAGAGGCGGUUUGUUCUUCGUCGUUAGACGCGUUCUCGUCAUUUGCUCGCUUUCAAUCAGGCCUACAGGCUCUGCCAAAUCAUACUGUCCAGAGUUAUAAUUAACGUUGUAUCUGGUCCAUCAGAAAUUUCUGCGAAGUAUGCAUGAGCUUGUGUAUUUUGGACAGCUUUUUUAUUGUUUUUCGUUUUCGUUUUGGCGGGUGCGCGCCUGUUGGCUCUGUUUCCUCGAUGCGUUGUGUGUCGUAAAGUGGGCGCUUUUGCUCUUUCGAGUGGCACAAUUUGCAGUUUACGUUUUGGAGGCAAGCGUUGUUCAUGGUGAUGGUGGUGGUGAUGAUGAUGAUGAUGGUGGUGGUGGUGUGAGAGGGGAGGUCAGACCCUAAGAUCGCGAUUAUCGCCGCUGUUUGUUGCUUCGGUUGGUAUAUUCGAAAUAUAUGUUUUUGGUAUCCCUGCCGAUACGGCAUGGUAUCCCUCUACCUGCGCUACUAAGAACUUAGGUCUCUGCAUGUAUGUGGAGCUGGGUGAGUUUUUGUGCGUGCGAAAAAUUCUCUCUUUGGUCGAUUUGUUGUUGAUUAACAACAAAAAGGGGCGCUUUUGCCCUUCCGCGUUGCGCAAACUUCAGUUUAUAUUUGGAUGGCAGCAGGUGUUUGUGAUGGUGGUUGUGGUGGUGGUGUCAGAGGAGAGGUCGGCCAUGAGAUCGCGAUUGACGCCUUUUCGCUAGUGUUUUUGUGUUCACGUUGUUGGUAUAUGUAAUCCGGAUCAUGGAGCUUUUUUUGGCACCCCUGUCGAUACGGCACGGUGUCGGUCUUCUUGCGUGAAAGUGCUCUUGAUUCUUUUUUUCCCGCUGCAUUAGUGGGGCCGGGAUGAUAUACUUGUCGCUGAAGGUUUAGCAAGUGUGGAUCUACUUACGUGAAACGUGCUUUUGACUCUUCUUUUCCCUCGAUGCAGUGUUGUAGGUGGGCCGGGAGCACUUGCUUGCUGCGGAAGGUUUCAGCAUUGUUUGAAUCCAGAUGAUUUCCAGUUCUCCUCGUACGAGACAGUUCGAGCGUCAGAUGAAAUUGUCUCGGGGAUUAGGGGGAACCGCAGCAGAAGCCGAUGCGUGGAGAUUCAGUCAAGGCGUCUUUCUGGGCAUAGGUCGUGUUGAAAUAUGAGUCGAAGAACAGGGUGGGUGCGUUCCAACGGUCGUGUGUCGUUUGUUUUGAAGACACUCGAUCAGUCCAGCAAUGAAGUACUCCGGCAGCGAUAAUAUAUAUUGUAUUACAGU